CUGGACUCUCAGAGACAACACUGCAUCAGAACACUGAAGACUAUAGUUUUUUGGAACAAUUGAAUUUAAAGGUAUUAAGAUGAAAGCCACUAUUGCCUUCCUCCUUCUGGCCGUUGUUGCCUCUUUACACACAAGUGAUGCCUGGAGGGUACGUCUCCCAAGACUUGGUCUCCGUCGUAUCAUCGCACCAGUCUGCAGUAUGUACUGUAACCAAAAAUGCACCCUCCCAGGGAUCUGUGCUCCUGUCUGCCACAAAGUCUGCAAUAUUGGGCGUAAACGCCGAUCAGUUGCCAUUAAUGAUGACGAGAAGCCAUUUUCUUCUGAUCUCUCCAAAUAUGAUUCAGACAAUGACGACAGAGUGACCCUGACAGAGUUUGCUGAAGCCAUCUCAUCAACACCUGAAAAGUGCAUUGAAGCCUUUGGAAUGGCUGAUGAAAAUGAUGAUGGUAUAUUGGAUAUGGGUGAGUUCCUCCGUGGACCAUUCCACUUCACAUCUGGAGAAGUAGAACAAGAACAGGAUACACCAGAUAGGAUUGGAAAGUAUGCAGAUGAUGAUUAUUAAAUCCCAAAUGAAAUGUGGAAAGUGAUCUCAGAUGACGAUAACCCGUAAUGGACCUUUUAUAAGUGAAAGAAUUUUAAAACUGAAGGCUGUGAUAUGACAGUGAUUAAAUUAUACUAGAUAUAGGAACAAUUACAGUUAGUGUUUCUCUCAUCAUCUCAAAUUUAUGUUUGAGAUAUCUGUAUUAAAGAUGAAUAUUUAUGUUAUAUUUGUACUACUUGUUAUUAAAACAUUGAUCUCAAAUUGAUACACAAUUUUUUGCAAUUAAAAGUCAGUAUUUGUUAUCCUAAAUGACGUUAAAACACUUUGAAGUCAGUAUGAUAUGUGAUUUUCACCAUCAAAAGACGAUGAUAUAACCUGCUUUUCUGGAAUUAUCAAAGUUUAUAUAGACAGUGAAUUCAUUUAAACAUUUAUUUCAUGUAUAUUUGUUCUGCCUCUAAAGAUUGAAAAGGCGAAAGUUGUGAAAUUCUGUUCAUUAAUAUUUGAGCUAUUUUUCAAGAUUUUAUAUUUUCAGAAGAACCAAAAGUACCAAUCUUUUUUUAUGAUGCUAUCUUCAGAUCAUUAUAAUUAAAAAACAUUUAGGAUAAGAAUAAUAGUAUUAUAUAAUAUAUAGGUGCUUAUUUAAAUAUAUUGCAUGUAUAUUUUUAUACAUAUUUUUGUGUAAAAAAUAAAUACAUAAACCUCAAUCAUAUAUUUAUUAUGUUAUAUUUA